UAUGUCAUGAGUAGUGUAGUUUGUGAUGUCGGUAAUGAGUUAUUUGACACAAUUAGUCUUUUUAAGUUAUCUAAUUAUGCUAAAGGAUUUAUUCAUAAGGAAAAAGAAAUUUACUUAGAAAAACUGUGCAAGUGCAAUGUAGACUGUCCCUACGUACUGCCAAAAGAAAUGUGGCAGAAAACUAUCAGUGUUAUUGAAAAGUUUUUACCACCUAUAAGAGAGCAUGAGCUUUACAUGUAUUUAAUUGCAAGACGGAGCAGGGAUACAAAAAUGCAAUUUAAUGCAAUCAAGACCAUACAUGAAGCAAUCAAUUACGUGGAAAGUGGUUGGGUCUAUGCGCUCUCAGCAAUCCAUUUGGAGGAUGGCAAAGUUCUUGUAAAAGCACAAGUUCACCACUCACAGUCUCUUAGAAAAAAGGAACUGAUGCCUUGGGUAAGUAUUAGUAGCAAUAAAACCAUAAUUGCUGGCCAUUGCCAGUGUACAGCUGGGCUUGGUGGUGUUUGCUGUCAUGUUUGUGCAGUUCUUUACAGUGUAAUUAGUGCUACAUCACUACCUUGCACUGCAAAGGAAAAUCAAUGGUUAGACACACACCCCAGACGUUCAGUAGCUCUUAUAAAAUAAAAUCGCGGAUCUCAAUACGUCACGCAAGGGAGAAGAAGUGUCUGAAGAAACAAGAAGAAUCUGUCAAAAAAGGAAACUUUAUUCAAGUAACAGCGUUCCAACAAUGACUCCUGAGGGAAAUAAAAAUUCUUCAUGGUCAGGUACAAGGUACAAGAACUUUGCCAUCCUCCAAAUGGAUUGCUGAGAGCGCAGAGACCCAACCACUUUCCACGUACUUGAUUGCUUCAUGUAUGGUCUUGAUUGCAUUAAGUUACAUUUUUGUAUCCCUGCUCUGUCUUGCAAUUAAAUACAUGUAAAGCUCAUGCUCUCUUA